UCUUUUUUUUUCAACACUUCACCAUUCUCACGUGUAGCCAGUUUACAUUUUGUUUUCUACUAAUUUGUACAUUAUUUAGCUUAAAAUGAAACGCCUUAGCGACGAACGUGCAAAGAUCUUGUUCCAGAAACUGUCCCAAUACAUUGGCACAAAUGUGAAGCAGUUGAUCGACCGUCCGGAUGGAACAUACUGCUUUCGAGAGCACCGGGAUCGGGUUUACUAUGUGUCUGAGAGAAUCCUGAAGCUAAGCGAAUGUUUUGGAUACAAGCAACUGGUGUGCGUGGGCACCUGCUUUGGAAAGUUCUCCAAAACCGACAAACUGAAGUUCCACAUCACCGCGUUGUACUAUCUGGCGCCAUAUGCCCAAUACAAAGUGUGGGUGAAGCCCUCCUUUGAGCUGCAGUUCCUCUACGGCAACCACAUCCCCAAAACCGGACUCGGCCGCAUCACUGAGAACGCCGGCCAGUACCAAGGAGUGGUGGUGUACUCGAUGAACGACCUGCCUCUGGGUUUCGGAGUCUUGGCUCGUUCCACAACAGAUUGCAAGACAGCCGAUCCCAUGACCACCGUCUGCUUCCACCAAUCGGACAUAGGCGAAUACAUCCGUGCGGAGGACACGCUGUUUUAAAUCCCUAGAUGCUAAGUUUUACAUGUUUUAUAGCAAUAACCACGUUUAGGUAAAUAAUAAGUAUGCUGAGAAAAACGGA